AUGGACGCCAGCACACCCACCAGCCAGGACGUCGACAUGAUCCUCACGACGGACGACAACCAAAUACCUGUCGAACCUCCAGCCCGGCUUGCAGCACGGAUCUGUCGCAAGUCGAGCGCCCGUCGGAAAUCCUCCGCCAGUUCCUCUCGCCGAAGCUCUCUGUCCUCCUCCUCCGCCCUCUCGAGCCAUGGAGGUCCCAAUAGUACUCAUAUUGCCCAACAUCUCCGACGAGCCUCCAUCAUUGAGAGCCGCAAGGCUCGGCUGGCAGACAGAGCAGCGCAUGCGGAGCAAGUCAGGCUUCGAGCAGCCGCCGCGAAAGCAUCCCAAAGGGUGUCUUACAGCGAGGAGAAGACUUUGGCGGCACAAGCAGCGCGAGAGAAACUGCUGGCAGACAUCGCGGCACGGUGUGAAGAAGAGGUCCGGCGUGCCAAAAAGGUUGCCGAGGAAACCAAAGAGAAGAAGGCUGCCGAACUAGUCAGACUGAAGGAAGAAAUGGCGGAGAAGUUCGCAGAGGCGGCACGACGGAAGUUUAUAUAUCAGCAGGGUAUGCGAAGACCUAGGACGACCUCUUUGGCGGCCGUUGAAGAGAAAAAGGCGGCGCCGGCGGUACUGAAUCGCCCCAAUCGUAACUAUGCCGCCAAAGUCAUUCAACGAACCUGGAGGAAAUACCGCAGUCGCCAGAUCAUGCAAGCCUUUGCUGCACUUGGACUCGACUUGGCUCAUGCCAGGGCCCUCCCUUUCGAGGAACUAACCAGUCUGCUUUCGGUUGAACCGACGAUGGCGGUGACCGCUUCUAUCCUGCGGCAUCUCGGCGUGAUCGAAGAUCCCCAGGAAGAUUCAGGAGCGGUCCGUGUUUUUCUCAGUGCCUACAUCAUUCUGGCCCACCCCAUACAAGCUCUCAGUCAUGGUGGCAACGACCCUCAAGAACAGGAAUUGAUGUCCAAGGCCGGAGCUGUGCUGGAGGCUUUUGAGGCUCACAUCCACAGUUUAGCUUCCUCUCCGGGCCGUGCCAACGCCGCUUCAAGAAAGGAUACUUUGCUCUUUGCCUUCAACGAUUUUACUUCUACUUUCCACGCGUGGAAGAGCCAGGACUUGGGCGUCUUGAUUGACAUAAUGGUCAACUCAUUCGUCAACCUGGACCUGAUCUUACAAGCAACAAAACAUGAUCAGGACGGCUACGUUGCUCAAGACUAUCUGGAUGCAGUGCGACAAGAACAAAUCAGACUGCUUGCUCGGCUCAAGAGACUCGCGGGACCGGAACAAGCAAUUUCGAGAGUCAGGUCUGCUGUUAGGAAGGCGCGGAAACAGCGAGCUGCCGCAAAACCUCAAAACAAUGAGGAGCAAGUGCCGCGAGCAUCAACUCCUGCAAAUGACGGCCUCGCCGCCACUAAAGGGGCGCCAUUGACGCCUCCUGCUACUCCGCAGCCAUAUCGAGGGGAUGCAGAAGUGAAAGGGAGCUCAUUUGCCGACAGUCUCGGACAGAUUAUGACCGUGUUGCCUUCAAACCGCGAAAUCGCCCAUGAGAUCCUGAUCAACGGCAGCUUCGAGGUGCAACAACGACCGUGGACCGAUGCCCGGAAGGACCUGAUGGAGUCUAUGCGUUCAAGCAUGCGCGCCAGCAUGCGAGAUGGAAGUACGGAGGUCAUCGCCAGGUGGACCCAUGCCAUGGCAGUGCUCAUUCGCGAGAAGUUGAUGAAUCUUGUCAGCAGGAGACACCCUCUCUACGACAAAAUCGAUGGGUUUUUAGACCCUGCAUUGAUCAGUCAACAAUGCCGCAACGGAAUGUUCUCAUAUAGUGCUUUUUUCCAGACCAUCUCGGGUUUGAUCGCGCAAAUCUGCUCGCCCGGUCGCGACGAGAUGGUGAGAGCAUUUACUGCAAAUGCCACCAGCGAUACGAUUGACCGCCUCUUUGAGUUGAUCAAUAUCAUCGAUCUCAUGACGUUGGAUCACAUCAACUUUCAAUUCCGACUGGCCGCCCAAUCUGUUCUCGAGCGCGGUCACGAACACGAGAUUGCCUCUUUUGAACGGGACCUUCAAGAGGGAGUACAUGCUCUCGAGCGAACGAAACAGUGGUGGACCGAUGCGCGGUCCAACACGACAUCAUCAAACCGAAGUGGUAGUGUCAUCUACGCUAGGGGAUUGACCGAUUUGGUGCUACGCAAUUCCCACCUCUGGUCUAACGAUGUGCCAGAAACGGUGCAACUCGACAGGAUUCGCCUGCUCAAAUUGAGGGCUCGUGUGUUCCAUAUGAUAGCUACAGCCUCGAUCCUUCUCACCACCAAGAUUAGGCUCAGGCGGAACCGAGAAUCCCUGUGGACGAAGGACGCGGAACGGCUGAUGUCUUUGGACCUCUUGACAAGCGACGGCCAUCGGAUCGUCUCGCUGCUCGAAUCGUCACACAUGAUGCCCGACUCGACGAAAGAGGGCCUGUCCAAUUUUGUGGGGCGCGUACUACCUCCUGCCGUGGCCGCGGCGCAGAACGCAGACACAGCUGAGCAGGACCAACAAGAUGCAUCCCACGGCCAGAUCACUUCCGACCCGUCGGCCGUGGAGCGGGAGAAGACGAAUCCCGACGAUGUCUUCAGCGAGCAGAUUGCCAGCUUCAUGUUGAAGUCAUUGCGCGAACACGUCUUUGGUAGGCUUUCAGCCAGCGGCACCGCGGAGAGAGUCCGAACUACCACGGGCGCAGCUGAAGUCCUGGCUCGAGUGGGCAUGCCUGAAUUCUUGGAGGAGGUCAAUCGACUGGUGGAUGAGCUGGAGAGAAUCCGUGCUGUGGAUUUGAAAGCCCAUGGAAGGUGGUAUGAUCAAAUCGCGGCAGAGACGUCUUGA